AUGUCCCUGCGGGACCGACAAGUCGUCUCCAUUCAAAAACUCCUCAACUUGAAUCAUGACCCCCGUCCGGCUGAUGAGUCGGCGCUGGACUCGUCCGCGCACGGCGGCCUGAUCUCCCACUCCACCCCGAUCUUGAAUGAAGACGGGGAUCCAAUCUGGAAAGUCCUGGUCUUUGACAACUUAGGCCGCGAUGUCAUCAGCAGUGUGCUGCGCGUCAACGACCUCCGGGCAUGGGGGAUCACUAUUCAUCUAAACAUCAACUCGCAACGAUAUCCUAUACCCGACGUCCCCGUGGUCUACCUGGUUGAGCCGACGCCGGAGAACAUCCAGGCGGUCGCACAUGACCUGUCGCAUGGCCUCUACUCCCCGGCCUACGUUAACUUCUUAUCCUCCGUUCCACGGCCACUUCUCGAGGACUUCGCCUCCCAAAUAGCUACCUCUGGCGCAUCCGAUCACAUUGCGCAGGUCUUUGAUCAAUAUCUCAACUUCAUUGUGGCCGAGCCGGAUCUGUUUAGCUUGGGACUGGGCAAGGAUGCAUACUGGAAGAUCAAUAGCCCCAAGACAAGCGACGAAGAUCUGGACGCAAUCGUCGAUAAGGUCGUGAGUGGGUUGUUCAGCGUGAGCGUCACAAUGGGUACUAUCCCCAUCAUCCGAUGCCCGAAAGGUGGUGCGGCGGAAUUGAUCGCUACAAAACUGGACCGGAAACUGCGUGAUCAUAUCCUCAACUCCAAAGACAAUCUGUUCUCUGGCGGUCAAAAAGCCCUGCCAGGAGUGCCUUCAACCCGGCCAGUUCUCAUCAUUAUGGACCGCAACGUCGAUCUGGUUCCGAUGCUGUCGCAUUCCUGGACGUACCAGUCGUUGGUGCAGGAUGUUCUUGAAAUGCGCAACGACUUCUUCUGGCAACGCAAUGCCGGGGCUCCCUUCCCCCAAGUGGCGGAGGACAUCGAUACCGAGUUGACACGCUAUAAGGAGGACGCGAACGAGAUCACGAAGAAGACAGGCGCUUCUUCGAUCGAGGAUCUCCAAAACGAUACCAGCGCAUCUGCACAGCACCUCAAGGCCGCUAUCACUCUACUGCCCGAACUGCGGGAGCGCAAGGCUGUCCUCGACAUGCACAUGAAUAUCGCGACCGCUCUUCUCAAGGGUAUCAAGGAUCGGCAGCUUGAUAACUUCUUUGAGCUGGAGGAAAGCAUCACCAAGCAAUCCAAGUCACAGCUUUUGGAGUUGAUCAAUGACCCCGCUAAAGGCAACAACCCGACGGACAAGCUCCGCCUGUUUAUCAUCUGGUUCCUCAGCACCGAGACCGAGCUGAAUCGCACAGAGAUGUCACAGUUCGAGGAGGCGCUCACCAAAGCCGGUGUUUCGGACAUCAGCUCUCUUGCGUACGUGCGACAGGUCCGUGAGAUCACUCGUAUGACGAUGAUGACCACCUCGGCGCCACAGCAGCAGUCUUCUGAUUUGUUCCGCGGGUUUUCUUCGCUCUCAAACCGCCUUACGGACCGCAUCACUUCCGGCGCCCUGGGGGCCAAUUUUGAUUCGCUUAUCUCCGGUGUGAAGAACUUCCUGCCCGCCAACAAGGACCUGACGGUGACCAAGAUCACCGAAUCAAUCAUGGACCCGGCCGCGGCAUCUAGCUCCGCCAUCGCCAAGACAGAAAACUACCUCUACUUCGAUCCCCGGAGCGCCAACGCGCGCGGCGCCAUGCCCCCUGCCUCUGCGUCGCGCAAUGCUCAGGCUCCCGGUGCGAUGGGUGGGUCGGGCCCCGGUACUGGGGCCAGCUUCGGCCAGCGUCGCCAGGCGUUCAGUGAGGCUAUUGUGUUUACGGUCGGUGGUGGAAGCAUGGAUGAGUAUGGUAAUCUGCAGGACUGGGUGCGGCGAACCAGCGGCCAAGCAGGGCAGGAGGGUGCAACAUCCACCCAGCGUGCAGGGGGCGCCCCCGGAACGCGCCGGCGGGUGGUCUACGGCAGUACGGACCUGCUGAAUGCCAGCGAGUUCUUGUCGGAUUCCUUGGCCGCGCUGGGCCGGGAGAGCUGA